CCCAAGGUCAUGUCCUGCUAUGCCAAAGAUUUUAAGGCAAAAGGAAAGGCUGAUGCCUUUGAGAGAUUAUUCCUGUUACUGCUGAGAAUAAGGAGUCUAUAUUAUUCAUUCUUGCCACUGCUUCCCCCGAAUUCCUAUUACCUCUCUGAUCUCUGACCUGACCAUUGCCUCUUAGCCAAUUCUGGUGAAAUACUUAAAAGCUCUGACCAAUAGGAGAGAAAAGUGGAGAACUUCUGAAAAGUUAAUAGGAAGUUUUUUUUUUCUUUUUUUCUUUUUCCUUUGUUAAACACCGUGACUCUGGAAAAAAGCUGUGAAAUUAUAAAUAGUCUGAGCAGUAAGAACAGAAGAAACCAGAGAUCAAGCAGGGUCCGCAGAAGAGAGAUGGUUUGCUAUUUAGAAGCCUUCAAGAACGGGAGAUUUCAAAGGACUGUCUUUGACACUAUCUUGAUCUCUGCUCUGAUUACUCAGAUCCAAGUGGGAGCCUGGACAUACCAUUACAGUGAUCAGAAGAUAUAUCCUUGGAAUGGUGCUCGGAGAUUUUGUCAGAAACUUUAUACAGACUUAGUAGCUAUUCAGAAUAAAGAUGAAAUUGCAUACCUCAAUGAAUUUUUGCCCUACCACCCUCAAUAUUACUGGAUUGGGAUCCGGAAAAUCAAUAAUAUUUGGACUUGGGUAGGAACCAAUAAAACACUCACAAAGGAGGCUGAGAACUGGGCAGAAAAUGAGCCCAAUAAUAAGAGGAAUGACCAGGACUGUGUGGAAAUCUAUAUCAAGAGAAAUUCUUCUGCUGGGAAGUGGAAUGAUGAACCAUGUAUGAAAAGGAAAAGAGCAUUGUGUUAUAAGGCCUCCUGUGAACCUUUCUCCUGCAACAACCAGGGAGAAUGUAUUGAAACUAUUGGAAACUAUACCUGCUCUUGCUACCCAGGAUUUUAUGGACCAGAAUGUGAAUAUGUUGUAGAGUGUAAAGAACUUGACCUCUUCCCUGGCAAUAUGCGAAUGACCUGCAGCCAUCCUCUGGGAGAUUUCUCCUACAAAUCCACAUGUAAUUUCUACUGUAUGGAAGGACAUAGACUGAAUGGAGCAAGCACGCUGGAGUGUUUAGCUUCUGGGGAAUGGACAGCUGAGAUCCCACAAUGCUCAGUCACUGGGUGUCCAGCCUUGAAGAGUCCUGAAAGAGGGAAUAUGAACUGCUCCUAUUCGUCAAAGAAAAACGUCCAUGGGUCCAGUUGUAGCUUCAGUUGUGAAGAGGGGUUUAUACUAAAAGGGGAAGAAGUGGUCUGGUGUACCGCUGGAGCCUGGACAGCCCCAGUUCCACAGUGUGAAGCUGUGAGAUGUCCAGACCUGCAAGUUCCCAAUGGGGGCUCCAUGAACUGUGCACAUUCACAUGCCGUCUUUGCAUAUGGUUCCACCUGCAAAUUCUCUUGCCAACCUGGUCAUAGAGUGAAUGGUUUUGAGACACUCCAAUGCUUGGCAUCUGGCCAGUGGACAUCACCAAUGCCAACCUGCCAUGCCAUCGCUUGUGAUCCAUUGGAGAAUCCUGUCCAUGGAAGCUCGAAUUGCUCAUCUCUGACAGAAUUUCAGUACAACUCCCGAUGUUCAUUCCAGUGUGCUAAGGGGUUCAUCCUAAAAGGAGCACAGACCACUGAGUGUAGCCUAUCUGGAACCUGGACAGCUCCAGCCCCAGUUUGUCAUGCUAAACAGUGCCAGCAUCUGAGUGCUCCCAACAAGGGACAUAUGAGCUGCUCUCACCCUUUUGGAAACUUCAUGUAUAGGUCAUCGUGUAGCUUCACAUGUGAGGAAGGAUUUGUCCCAAAUGGACCCCAAGUGCUGCAUUGUUUGGAUACUGGAAAUUGGAGCCCUCCCCCACCACUUUGUGAAGCAAUCAAAUGUCCACCAUUAAUUGCCCCACCCCAGGGGAUGCUUCAGUGUUCUGAGGCACGUGAAAACUUGAGAUAUAACUCCACUUGUGACUUCUCCUGUAAAAGGGGACUUAUGCUGAUAGGAGCCGAGAGACUCAAGUGUACAGCUUCAGGAUCCUGGACAACACCCCCUCCAUAUUGUAAAGCCAUUGAGUGCCCAGUAUUAGAUGACCCAAAGUGGGGGAGCCGGGAGUGUUCGUACAAGCAAGGAGACUACAGGGGCAGCUCCAUCUGCCAUUUUACCUGUGACAAGGGCUUUGUGCUGAAGGGAUCUAACAAUGUGCAAUGCUUACCUUCUGGCAAGUGGACAGCACCUCCUCCAACUUGUGAAGUUGUCAAAUGUCCAGAACUGACUCUUCCUAAAUCAAUGCGGAUGAAUUGCUCUCAUCCCUUGGGGAACUUCAGUUACGAGUCCACGUGCAUCUUCUCUUGCCCCAAGGGUCAAGUGUUGAACAGCUCCUCAGAAAUAACAUGCGAAGCAGAAGGCAAUUGGUCAAAAGAGAUGCCAACCUGCCAAGAGAAACUCUUGUCCGUCCAGGAAGCUCUGACUUACUUUGGAGGAGCAGUUGCAUCUGUAACAAGUCUUAUAGUAGGUGGUUCAAUCCUGGCUCUUCUAAGGAGACGUUUCAAACAACAAGAUGAUGGAAAAAGACCCCUGAGCCCUCAAAGUGUCAUGGGAACUCCUGGAGUUUUUACCAAUAUGGCUUUUGACUCAACUUCUUAAGACCCACUCCUCCCCAGCAGUGCCAUCAACUUUCUCAGGACCCUGCUUCUGAAUGCCUGUUCCUGCCAGACUUGAUUUUUGCUGCAGUUUACCAUCUGCAGUGUUCUGUAAAUAUCUGUAAAUAAAAAAUAUUAGUUUCCUCUGCUGCUGGUUCAGUAGGGUUGCAUUUCUCCUAAGUCUCCCACCCACCAAUCCACUAUCCUUCUCCCCAGCUGAAGAGCCGUGGCCAGAUCCAGAAGUUGCCAGAGGAACUGUGAAGGAUUUUACUUUUUUUUCCACCUCAAGCAUCACUAUCUGAAAUGUCAGAGUUGUGAAAUAGGAUUGGGAACUGGGAGCAGCUAGAAAAGCCAGACCACGGUGGGUCCCACACAUUGGAGUGAGAAAAAUGAGAGUUAAGGAAUCAGCUUCAGAAGCAAAGAGGAAGCUCUGGACUUGGAGACACUUGCACACAUAAUGCACUUCUAUCUCCAGUAGUUCCUACUUAGGGGAAGCUUCUCUGAUACCUGGCAUUGAUGCCUCAAGGUGGUGCCAGAUGGGAGAAGAACCCAUGGAAUCAACAGAAAAGCCAUCAGAUCUUCCCAGUCCUUCACUGAUAUUUCCUCCUUUCCUCCUCACAUCUGCCCAUUAAAAUUCAAAUUAUAUAA